AUGUCCCUAUUCGCUGGUCAUGGUCAUGACCCAAACACCCCCAGAUCCCAAGGAACCGACGAUCUAAUGCAGACACGAUCGCUGAAGCCUCAAGAGCAUGCUCAUACUUAUAGUGGUAAGGACAAGAUCAUCACGACCCGCAUACUGAUCUCAGCAGACAGAAAUACACCAUGCUGCACCAACAUUGUAGCACGCUUUACCAUCCGUGACCAUGGCAGGAUCGCUUCAAAGCGCCUAGGUGAGCUUCAUUCGUUCACAAUCAACAAGACUAUUGAGCCUACCAGUGGAUCUGACCAGAAUACAUGGCGGCAGAAGAUGCUUAGCAUCCCCGAAGGCUACAAAGGCAACUUGCGAACCCACUCGAGCGAGAAGGAUGCCAUACAAGAUCGCGAAAAGAUCAUGAUGCUUCUCCAUGACAAAGAGGGCUCGCCAAGCCCUCACUUAUCCACCGAGCAACGAGAGCUGCUAACUGCAGAACAAGUCCACUACAUUGACAAGAUCCGGCUGGAGAAGCAGUAUGUCGGCACUGGGCUCGGCUUUCAUUUCACAGGACCUGUCGUACUGAGUCCUGCACCAAUGGAUGUGAAAGACAGUGAGUAUGAUGAAGGCAUGAAGAAGCUAAUCGAGAGCUAUAAGAGAAGUGGCUUCGAAGUCUGGGUAAAUCCAGACUUUCAGCUUCGAGGGCCGAUUGCUGUCAUGGGUAGGUCUGUCUAA